UAAAGAUGGGAAACUGUGCGUUUAGAGGCUUCGAAGAGGGCGGAGACAGCAGCAGCACAAUAAAGGUCGUGACUGCCAGCGGCGGAAUUGUGGAGCUGCGACAGCCCGUCGCUGUGGAGUCCGUCACAAACGGCUUCCCCGGCCACGGCGUUUACCGCAUCCGCAGCUUUUCCUCCCCGCAGCAGCUCCUUCACAACGAGGAGCUUAUCGCCGGAGAGCGCUACUACCUCCGCCCCAUCAACCACCCUCACCACACCCUCCCCUCCCACGCCGCGCCCUACCGCGUCUCCUUCGACCGCGACGGCAGCUUCUGGAAGAAGCAGGAGAUCGCGCAGAGUGCGGUUCCGUACAACAGGUUUCAUGGCUACGUAGGAAAUAGUUGUAAUAGCGGUGGGGGAAUGUGGAAGGUGAAGUUGGUGAUAAGCCCCCAGCAGUUGAAUGAGAUUCUGUCGCAAGAAGCGAGGACGGAAGCGUUGAUCGAGAGCGUCAGGGCGGUGGGGCAGUGGGGCUUUCUCAGUGGCGAGCUCCGACCAGUGGAGCCUCGCGAGUAGUCGGAAGGGUUCGUCGGAGAACGUAGGUUAUUAUUAGCGGAGUUUUGUUCCCGGGUUUUUAGCACUUUUGGUAGGGAUUCGCGUCUUUGCUUUGCUUUGCUUUGUCUUUCAUCUUUUUUUUUGUUUUUCGAUCCAUUGGAAUGAUGGGUGCAUGUGGAGUUGUCCUCUGCUUUUCUUUUUUCUUGAUUUCUUUUUCACUUUUUCUUUUGCUUAUCCUUCUUCAUUUUGGAAGAAGAAUGAAGGUGAUGUAGGAAAGGGCGGUGGGCUUUUUCUUCCUACUUGGAUGUGGUGUUUAUUAAGCGCAGGGCAUAAGUUAAAGAUGCCUGGGAGUCGGAGAACUUGUAAGUUGUUUUGUGGCUUGUUUUGCUCACUCUACUGAUCAGUUUUAUUGUUGUA